AUGGCCAACCGACAAAUGACACGGCGCAUCGGCAUCAGCGCUGUAAUUUCCAUAUGUCUGAUAUUUUUCCUCUUUCUCCGUCCACAAGGACCACUCAGCCCUGCGGUCCGGGCACCAGGACACAUCAACCACGGUGGGAAUGCGGCAUCCGGGGUCGUCAUUCAACCAGACACGUUAAAGGGGGCUGUGAUAAUGCCCAAGCUAGGCAAUGCGACAGCCAAAGCGGAGUUAGGUCGUGCGACUUGGAAAUACUUCCACACUGUUAUGGCGCGAUUUCCUGAAAAGCCUACCGAAGACCAGCAGGAUGCAUUACGCUCGUACAUUCACCUUUUUGCACGAUUAUAUCCAUGCGGUGAAUGUGCGGAACAUUUCCAGCAACACUUGAACAAGUACCCCCCACAGGUCUCCUCGCGCAAUGCUGCCGCUGGGUGGGCAUGUUUCAUUCACAACGAGGUCAAUGCGAUGCUUGAAAAGCCGGAAUUUGACUGCACCAACCUCGGUGCAUUCUACGACUGUGGCUGCGCCGAAGACGAAGCCAAGGGUGACGAUGGAAAAGAUAAGGAGAAGAGCAAGGAGGCAGGUCAUUCGGCGACGACCCGUGGCGACGGCAAGCAGGAUGCGGGCGACGCACACGAUCACCUGGCCGUGGAGAUCUCCAAAGAAGCGUAA